AUGAAUCACCGCAGUCCCGAUGUGCAGCGCCAAGAGAUCGACCGGGUGCUGCAACUAAAGCGGAAGCAGCGCGAGGCUAAGGCCUGUUAUCCUUGUCGCCAGCGUAAAGUCAAGUGCGAUAGCGGUCAUCCUUGCCGAACAUGUCAAAAGCGUGGCCAUCCACAUAUUUGUGCCUAUGAUGUGUCGAAGGACUCGUCGCGACACUCGUUCCCCCGGUCGGGGAGGGUGGAUCCCACUCAUGCAUUGUCGUCGCAUCGACUGGCCGGCAUUACUACUUCCCCGCUGACUCCAUCACCGUCGGCACUUAAUGGAGCGGAAACCGAACGAGCGCAGCCGCUGGAUGCGACUUCACCAUCGGGAGCUGCUCCGAGUUCGGACUCAACCAGCCGUGAUCGCUCGUCUGAUUAUGUCUUCUCGGGGCAGAACUCUGUGGUCUCCAUUCUCCGGCUCCAAGACCCCGACGGCUCCAUUGCCCGAGAGGCAGGGUCUGUGUUGGGCCUGCAGAACACAUACGAGUAUUAUCCAUUCCUGGACAUCAAGAAUCCCACAGAUCGUUGGUUCUUUCACCACCAUCGCUUGUCGGCACACCCUUUCAAUCCAAUCUUGGUAGAUAUUGAUGGGGUUGAGUCCGCCAUAUGCACCUUUUUGGAAUCGGUUGCAUCUGGGGAACUGAGUAACCCAAACAGAAUCUCGGAGCGCUGGUCUUCCGAUAAGUCCAUUGGUCUCAUCAGCCUCCUUUUGGCGACCUUGGCUUCCGGUGCUCACUUUUCAGAUCUCGAAAACCCACAACGCUCGGAAGUAUGCCAGGAUCUCGUACGUCGAUCAUUCCAGGCCCUGAGAUUGGCAAAUUUUCUUUUCAGGCCCUCCCUGGACAUUGUUCAAGCUAUGCUCAUUUUAGGGAACAUGUUGCAAAAUAAUGGGCAGUCUGACGCAGCCUGGGCGUUGCUGGGGACCACCGUCCGCUUAGCCCAAGCUGUCGGCUUACACACUGAACGCGGCACUUCACAUUUGCCAGAAAGUGUCCGUUCAAAGGCUAAGAAGCUAUGGUCCAUGACUGUUUGGCAGGACUGCUUAUUGAGCCUCUGCUAUGACCGUCCACCAGUAGUCUCCAUCUCGGGCUGGCAGCAGAGCCUUAAUCCCACACCUGCAUUGGCAUUGUCAUUCACGGAUGUGAUGCACUUCCUUUGUCAGCUGGGUCUCGAUAUCGCCAAGGCUCAGGAGCCUGAGCAUUGGGAUUUGACGCGCGCCACCAAGUUACUGAGCGCGUUAGAUAAUGUCUACAGCCGUGCUCAGCCCCAUCUGCUCUCCCGAGAACAUUGCCAUUGCUUACAGGAGCACCAGGAGCACCUCGCCCUUCGGAUGCAUAUGUCAUUUUGUGUAUCAGUGCUCUGUCGGCCGACCAUCCGAAGUUCGCCCAGCCAUUCGGAUGACCCUCGGUAUAGCCGCCUACGACUCCGAGCCAAGGAUAGCCUUGUGAGUGCAUCGAAUGCGUUCUUGGACUUCCAAACUUUGAGCAUCGUGCCCUUGCGAACCUGGUCAAUGGUACACACAGUCUUGAGCUCUACAUUGCUCCUCUGUAUGUGGCAGGAAACUCGGAAUGACGAUGAAUGUCGAGACUUGCAGCAGAGAGUGAUCACGGUAUUCUCAACGGCGGAUCCCUCAAGGAAGGACACCAUCGGCGGAUCAGAUGAUGGCCAGUGGUUGUCUGCGCGACAUAUCCGUGCCCUUGUGACCCUGAGAAAUGCUGUGCAUAACGCGCCGCUUAAUGCAGCUGGUCAAGAGGGUAAUGGGUCGCAAGGGGAAGGCCAAACUACCUGCCCCCCCUUGAAUCCUCAUGUCAAUGAACUUGUAGCUCAAGAUCCCAUGUUUAUGCCCGGAUUCGGCCUUGGUGGGGGGUUGACCAUGGGGGAUGGAAACUACUUUCCGGACGGUAUGCUAGACAAUACAACGGAUUUCUCCCCAUUGACCUAUUUGGAUUCGAUAAUGAACGUUCCAUUAUUCAAUAUCUCCGAAGACAAUGCGUUCUUAGAAUAG